GUUAAAAGUCCUUAUAUGGUCAGAGCGGAUGUUGGUUCUCACAGUAUUAUCGUCCCGUGCAACAACACGCUGCCUCUCGCACAGUUUUAUCACAUCGAGUCGGACCGAAAUAAGCGGCGCUCUUUCUGGUUCCGUGUUGAAAAGUUAGAGGAACGAAACAUGCAGGACCCAAAUGAAGACACCGAGUGGAACGACAUCCUGAGGAAGAAGGGGAUUCUUCCUCCUAAAGAGAUCCAGAAGGAGGAUGAGGAAGAGGAGCAGAUCCUUCAGCAACAGUCAGUUGUGAAAACGUAUGAGAACAUGACGCUGGAGGAGCUGCAGGACAAUGAGGAUGAGUUCAGCGAGGAGGACGAAGUUGCCAUUGAGAUGUACAGGCAGAAGAGGCUCGCUGAGUGGAAAGCGAAGCAGCUGCAGAAUGUAUUUGGUGAAGUGAAGGAGAUUUCAGGUCAAGACUAUGUUCAGGAAGUAAACAAGGCCGGAGACAAGAUCUGGGUGGUGCUGCAUCUCUACAAACAAGGCAUCCCUUUAUGCACGCUGAUCAAUCAGCACUUGGCCUCAUUGGCACAGAAGUUUCCAGACACUAAAUUCCUGAAGUCAAUCUCCACAACGUGUAUCGCUAAUUAUCCGGACAGAAAUCUGCCGACCAUCUUUGUUUAUCAUGAAGGAGAGAUGAAGGCGCAGUUCAUCGGGCCACUUGUGUUUGGAGGAAUGAACCUCAAAUGCGAUGAGCUGGAAUGGCGUUUGGCUGAAUCUGGUGCGGUGAAAACAGACUUGGAGGAAAAUCCAAGGAAACAGAUCCAGGACCAGUUGAUUUCAUCUGUCCGCUGCUCAGCACCGACCCGCAAAGACAGCGAUGAAUCUGAUGAUGACUGAUUUGGGAUAGGUUUAAUUUUUUCAGUUCUAAAGACAUUUGGACAGUUAAAACAGUCUGCAUUUCAGUAGUGUAUUUAACGAACACAUGCUGACUUCCCAUCCGUAACUCCAUCGUGCAUGUCCUCUACUUUCUACCUUGUGUGAACUUGAUCUCUUGUCUAAAUCAUCACCUCUUCCAAUGAAUUUCCCUCAAACUGAGGCGUGGAUUCAUCUGUGGGUGUGUGUCACAUACACGUUAAAAACAGGACUGAAAGACAUGACUGACCUUUUUAUUAAAACCUCUUCAUCUAGGGAUUUACUCCCUCUAGUGGUGAUGAUUACAAACUGCAGUGAUGCCAAACAAAAUUUUGUCAAAAUCUUUUUUUUUUUACAACCUUGUUCCUGUUGGCUGUUAUCAUAAAGUAAACCUGAAUUAUA